AUGUCCCGCCUGAGCUCGUGGCUCGGUGAGGUCCAGUGGCUGGUCUUGGUGUCGCUCUUCGUCGUGGCCCUGGGCACGGUGGGCCUGUACCUGGCGCAGUGGGCGCUGGCCAGGGCGCGACCCCGGCCCCCGCGGCGGGCUGCCGAGCCUGGCGAGGGCCGGCGCCCCGAGUCCGACGCGCUGCUCGCCUGGAUACUGACGCUGAACAGCUGGAGGAGCCGGUGGCAGGCCGCCUGGGUGACCGCCCUGAAUGAUGAGGCCAAACGGAAAGGGGGCCCGCUGCUCCUGUCCUUCGAGGAGGACCCGCUGCAGCAGCCCCUCGAGCUGGCCGUGCGGCGAGUCUCGAGCGUGGCCAGGUCUGCCCAGGAGAAGGUCGUGUCUUGUCAUGUGGUGGGCGAGGCCAUUCAGUUCCUGGUCCGCGUGGGGCCCACAUCCCCUGAAGACACGGGGCACCAGAUGUACGGUGCGCGGCUCUCCCCGUUUCAUCUACAGCUGGAGCUCCACAUGACAGAGAAGAGAGAGGACAUCCAGAUCAAGUGGUCCUUCAUCAGCGCUCCGGAAACGGCCAUUACGGUCCAGCCCAAAGCAGUGGUGGAGGACCAGGUGGCGGAGACCGAUGCCGUGUCUGAAACCCUCAAGGAUAUCUUGAAGCGCCUGGUUAGUGCUGCCUCCCCGUCAGUCGUUCUGAGCACCAAGCCUGUGGACGUGAGGGACGUUCAGAAUCUGCAACGCACUUCAUCUACUCCUCAGGAAUCCUGCCCUCCCAAACCUCCAAGGGCUCACGAACUCAGAUUAUUGGUGAAGAACAUCCGAGCCUCGCUGCUAAAUGAUCCUGGGGCUUCAGGCAACAUUAACCCACAGUGUAUGGUUCAGCUGAACGAUCCCAUUCAGAAGUUCAGCGCCCUCGCGACAAACACCACCGACCUCAGCUGGGAAGAAGAAUUCACCUUUGAGCUGAAUGCCAAGUCGAAGGAGUUGCACCUGCAGAUUUCAGGGGAUGAGCAAUCCUCGGAAGCUCUGUUGGCGAUGACAACCAUUCCUUUGGACUUAUUCAAGAAGCAGCCUUCUGGGCCCCAGAGCUUUACGCUGACCGGCGGGUCCUCCUUCGGCAGCUCUGUGCUGGGUUCGGUCACUGCAGAGUUUUCUUACUUAGAACCCGGUGAAGUGAAAUCCUGGCAGACCCCUCCACCUGCUCCUGCUGCAAAGGUAGAAAAAGACCGCACAGUGAUGCCAUGUGGGACCGUGGUCACUACUGUCACUGCUGUGAAAACCAAGCCUCGCUUCGACACGGGGAGGGCGUCUCCGCUGAGCUGUGAGUCUCCCCUGAAGACGCCUGUCAAGGUGAAGGUGAUCGAGAAGGACAUCUCUGUCCAAGCCAUCUCCUGCCACGGGGCUCCCGUCAGUAAGACCUUCUCUUCUUCGGACACAGAGCUGCUGGUGCUGAACGGCUCGGAUCCCGUGGCAGAAGUCGCCAUCCGCCAGCUCAGCGAGUCCUCAAAGCUGAAGGUCAAGUCACCGCGGAAGAAGAGCACCAUCAUCAUAUCAGGGAUCUCCAAGACCUCACUCUCUCAGGACAAUGCCGCUGCCCUAAUGCUGGACUACUCGGCCUCCGUGGACGGUGCCCACCAGGAGGACACCCCGUCCCCCGUGGGGGCGGCCGCCACUCCUGCCCCCCCCGAGGACGAGGCCUCAGCCCCUGCCCCGCCGGCCCCGGAGCCCCAGGAGAGCGAGCUAGACUCGUGGGACUUGGACAAGGAGUCGCGGGCCUCGGCAUGGGGCAGCCAGGCCCCGCUGGACCCCGAUGGGGACGAGCUGUCGGAGAGCUCCCUGAGUGUCUCGGAGCCGGGCGCUGCCAAGAAGCAUAAAGGAGGGAUUUUAAGGAAAGGUGCAAAGCUGUUCUUCCGCCGGCGACAUCAACAGAAAGACCCCGGCAUGAGCCAGUCGCACAACGACCUUGUGUUCCUGCAGCAGCCAGAGGGGGCCCGGAGGAAGGGGGUGACGCUCACCAGGAUCCUGAACAAGAAGUUGCUCUCCAGACACAGAAGUAAGAGCACCAUGAACGGGGCUCUGGGGGACCCCGCGGCCGGCAGCCUGCCUCACCAGGACGCGGGAAGACGCGGGCCCACCUAA